CACUCAGUCAUAAAGGAUCAAUCUUUCUUCUCCACUCUCUCUCCCUUAUCCAAAUACGUAAACCAUAACUUCCUUCCUUCCUUCAAUCUUCUUCGUGGCUUCUGCUCCUCUGCCGCCCAAGAAUGGCGGUUUUCGGUGGAGCUAAUCUUGGCUCUGUUUCCUUCUCCUCUCAUCUGCUCAACCAACACUCUUGUUUUCUCUCUUGCCCUCUUAAACUCCUCCCUUCUUCUUCAAAUAGAACUUCUCUCCUCUGCGUCGUCAAGUCCUUUUCAGGCUCCGUAACCGCCGGUACAGAUACAAGUUCCGAUCAAUCCCUUCUCCGGGACGACGCCGGACCCCCUCGGAUGUCUACGGAUUGGAAGCUGGCGAAAGCUUAUUGCAAGAGUGGUGACACGUUUGAAGGUGAAGUCGAAGGCUUUAAUGGUGGAGGCUUGCUUAUUCGUUUUCAUUCUCUUGUUGGUUUUCUUCCUUAUCCCCAGUUAACCCCUUCUCGUUCUUGUAAAGAGCCUCAGAAAAGCAUUCAUGAGAUAGCUAAGACUUUGGUCGGUUCAAUACUUCCUCUUAAGGUUGUUCAAGCUGAUGAGGAGAACAAAAAGUUGAUCUUAUCUGAGAAGUUAGCACUAUGGCCAAAGUAUUCACAAAACGUUAACGUUGGGGAUGUGUUUACUGGAAGAGUAGGUUCUGUUGAGGACUAUGGUGCAUUCAUCCACUUGCGCUUCGAUGAUGGUCUUUAUCAUCUAACCGGACUAGUUCACGUCUCUGAGGUCUCGUGGGAUUACGUUCAAGAUGUUAGAGAUGUGUUACGCGAUGGUGAUGAGGUUCGGGUUAUUGUCACAAAUAUCGACAAAGAGAAAUCAAGGAUUACACUAUCCAUCAAACAACUGGAAGAUGAUCCUCUUCUUGAGACAUUGGACAAAGUGAUUUUGAAGGACAGCUCUAGUGGAUCUCCUUCGCUAAGCUCGAACAAUGGGGAUACAAUUGAUCCUCUUCCAGGUCUAGAAACUAUACUUGAAGAGCUAUUGCAAGAAGACGGAAUAGAAGCUGUGAGAAUCAACCGGCAAGGAUUUGAGAAAAGAGUGGUUUCACAAGACCUACAACUUUGGCUCUCAAAUACGCCACCUUCUGAAGGAAAGUUUGUUCUUCUUGCACGUGCUGGAAGACAGGUACAAGAGAUACACUUGACAACGUCUCUGGAUCAACAAGGAAUCAAGAAAGCCUUACAGCGAGUACUAGAACGCGUCCCCUGAAAGACUUUGCUUCUUAGCCCCUAAAUCAGCUAUAUGUGCAUCUUGCCCAACAACAGUUUGGGUUGGGUCAUCAUAGGCAUACUCAAGUGGAGCAGCAGCUACUUAGAGAAAUCUAAAGAAGGGCAAUGCAAAUUCAUUUGUAUGUGACACACAACACAACCUAUGAAAAAAUAUAAAUAUAUGUUGAUGAUACUCGAUUCACAU